AUCUUGCUUCAUUUUCUCAUCUCGGAUCAGAGAGACUGAAUUCGUGCGGUCCGUCGUUGGUUUGUGCAAUGGUAGCAUUCAUUCUGUCUAAGCAUGGCCACAAAGAACAAGUGCAAUAAAUCGAUGACAAUCGUAUCAGCGUGAAUUGGUGCACCGCCCGGCAGAAAAAUACGCAUGAGCGAAAGCUGGUUUGUAGCUUCUAACGGCAAUUAUCCGUCUAUCCGUUGUUUUAUUUUUUCUUCACUAUUCUUUUUGUGAUCGGUUUUCCGGAGUGCGUGAAAAGGCCCACCAAAUUCGGUUCUGGCUGGGUAGAUUAGAGGAGUGUGCGCGUGUGUGUGUGCCUCGUUGGAAAAAGGACUGGGGCGAAUGUGUGCGGGUUGUUGACGGGUUUUCCUAGAUGCUGGGGGCUAAUGGUGUCGAAAUGUCGGUUUCAGCGUUGCCGUAGCAACGUCGAUUGAUCGGUGUUCACGGUUUCCUCGUUUUCCUCAUUUCCAUCUUGCGCGGUGGCGGUGUACCAGGUGCAUGAUAUUCGGUCGUGUAGACGCCGUGUAAAGGGGGGAAAGGUUUUUCUGAAUGCUGUCGUCACUGUCAGUAAAAUGAUUUCGUAUUCACAGAGGGCGAAAAGUGUGUAAAAGUGUUAUAUUGCCGCAAGUGGUGCUAGUUGGCGUUGGCGAACAGUCGGAGGGUAUUCGCUAUUUCCGGUCCGCGAUUCCGGUGAGGAAAUCGUAAUCGCUGAUGGACAGACGCAACUUGAGUGCUUCCAGUGUUGAUAGGAGUGCCGCAAAAAUAUGGCUGUUGCUGCCUGUCUGAAAGCGUCACAGUCAACCGUCGUCUAUUCGGGUCAGGCACAGCCAUUGCCACUGGUAGGAAUGAACGGCGUCGGUGGUGGAAUCGGUGGUCACUUGCAAAGUCAGCUGACCCGCUCGCUGGAGCGCAUUCUGGAGGAUGCGCAUCUUAGCGGGGAGCUAAAGCUGAGCGGACGCAAGCUAAAGGACUUUCCGAAGGCAGCUGGAAAAUAUAACCUCAGCGACACGGUCAUAGCAGAUUUAUCGAGAAAUCGAUUCUGCGAAUUACCAGAGGACAUCACUUGUCUCGCGUUUUUAGAACGACUUCUGGUGUACCAUAACACAAUCCGCUCCGUGCCGGAAACGAUACGUGGACUGCACUCUCUAAGUUAUUUAGAUUUAAGAAACAAUCAGCUCUCAGUUUUGCCGCGCGAAAUCUGUGCUCUACCUCUGCAGGUUUUACUUGUAUCUAACAAUCGCCUUGCGACAUUGCCCGAUGAGCUCGGUCGGAUGGAGAAGCUGACGGAGCUCGAUGCUGCCUGCAAUCAGAUAACACAUCUUCCAUCGCGCAUGGGCGAUCUGCGCAACAUGCGUUCGCUAAAUUUGCGCAGCAAUCAGUUGGUUUACCUGCCCCGUGAUCUCACCUGCCUGCGAUUGGCCUUUUUGGACAUAAGUAGUAACAAGAUUGCCACGCUGCCGGUAGAACUUCGACACAUGACCUCGCUGGUCGAUUUGGAACUAUCAAACAAUCCCCUGACCUCCCCACCGGCUAGUCUGUGCGUGCGUGGAUUGGUGCAUGUUUUCAAAUAUCUGGAAACGAUUGCCUCAAGGGAGGAAAAAUCCAAAACGGGAGUUGAUGGGCACGCAACGUUGCGACGUACGGCUCUUUCGGCGAAGAAUUCCAACAGUUGUUUGCUGGAUAAUCAACAAAGGAAUCGCAGAGCACACGUCGACUCUGGGUACUGCACUAGCGAUGGUGGCUUCGAUGGUGGGCCACAGGCCGUUCUGGUAGCUCAUGCGAUGCAUGGUGGUUCGAACGAUCCAGCCGUGGAUAGUACUGUUGGAACUAUUGGUGGCAAUAACGAUGUAUGUUGGGAAGAAGAAUUUCGUAAGAAUGCUGCAUUUCAGGACCUUCAUCCCGAUCGUAAGCAGUUAUCGAAUAACAACAGUAACGAUAUAUCGCCCGAAGGAGACAUCACACCCGAUGGCACAAAAACGGAUGAGAAAGGCCGUACACUAUCCAACUAUCAGACGUAUCGCGAGUACAAGGAAGCAUUGCGUCAACAGCGUAAUCUGGAUUCAGUUUAUCGCUCGAAAGAUCAUCCACUGACACCAGAUAGUGCUGGAUCAGCAACUGAGUCGCCGGUUAGCAACGUUUCUCCCUACACAAAAUCUAUCUCGUCAUCCUCGGUUUACAGCAGCAGCAGCCAAAGUUCUCCCGUAUCGCCACAUCAUACGACAGGCGUACAAAAAAUGAACCAAAUCAAUGCAAAUCCGAAUGGCAUGUAUAAUACGACUGGUACAACUGGUGCCCAUUCCAGUCCCUUGCUAUCUCCAAAUCGUAAUGGUAGUCAACCUUCUACAACGGACGACAAUACGGGCGGUACUCCGAAUAAACGACCAGUACAAAAGGUCAUACCGUCUCGCAACAUUGGCUCGUCUCAUCAUAGCCAGUCGCCUACACAUUUGAACGGUAAUCUUCAUGCUUCCGGAAUGGCUUCAACAAGUGUAACGAAUGGAUCGCACGGUAAAAUUCCACUUGCAAACGGAGCUGGAAAAGGAUCUUUAUCUUCACCAAACGGAAGCGUCAGCAAUGAGUAUGCUUACGUGAAGCCAAAUAGUCCGUGCAAAUCCACGAGUGGUGCUUUGACGCACAAUAAUGUUCCUCCAUCGUCGAUUCCAAAACCGAUGGCGCCGAAUGGUGGAGGAGGCUUGGGUUCACCGGUGCUAGCUGGUGGAAGUCAAAAACCUUUAACAGCGACAGUAGGCUACGUAAAUAACGCUAAACCGGGACAGAAAACGAAUAAGACUGUCUCUUGGAAUCGCGACGUGCCUACAGAAAAGUUGAGUUUUACCAUGCGGCGGGAGUUCGACAAACAGAAAGAAGAAACAGAACUUAUUGAGCAGUUGCGACAAAUCAUUGAAACGCGUUUGAAAAUGUCCCUUCCGCAAGACAUUGCACCGGCUUUAAUGGACGGCGUCGUACUGUGUCACCUUGCGAAUCUUGUACGGCCAAGAUCGGUUGGUAGCAUUCACGUACCCUCGUCAGCUGUGCCCAAAUUAACCAUGGCGCGGUGCAGGAGAAACGUGGAUUACUUUCUAGAUGCUUGCCGCAAAAUAGGAGUAGACGAGGAGUUGAUUUGCUCCUGUCAGGACAUCGUUCCAUCAACCAUGGCCGAACCCCCAUUGGAGGAUAGUGAUCGGAAGGCGAAAUAUGAUGACGGGCAUGGUUCACAGGAAGCUAGUCUUGCGCCAAGGCCUCCUAAUCCGCUAGCGAUGUAUCGAACGAUAGCAGCUUUACUGAGCAUGCCACCAAUUUCGAGCCAAUUGGUAGCACCACCUUCACCGUCGGCCAUUGGUUUACUUCGUCGUCCGCGAUCACCACCGCCACCGCCACCGCCGUCAGCAUCGCAUUCAGUAACAGCCGUAACAGCUGCUGCAACCAACACCAACAGCUCAACAGCACCAGAGAACAAUUUAAAUUGCUAUCCAAUGACAUCGCAUGAUAUAUCCGCUCUAGGUACCAUAGAAUCGCAGAGUUUGAAAAUUGUCACACAGCUAACCGCUACCGAUGAGAUUCUCGAAUACUCUCACUCCGAAUACAAUGCAAAAUCGCAUCAUGGCAAUGAGGAUUAUCGGAAUGUUCCGGUAACAUUGGAUCUUCCCAAAGGAAAUGCAAAACCAGGAAGGAAGCGAAAGUUUCCUUCGUCACGAACUGGCCGUCGAAAUCAUAGUUCAAAUGAUAUACAGUCAAAUCUGAACGAAAUAAUCGAAGAAUGCGAAUAUGAUAGUGAUAUUGGCAAGUUUCGCUGUCGUACUAACGACAGUGAUGACAUGAGAUACGAUCUUCGCGAUUACGAAGACUCGGAAACCAGCCUUACUUCCUGCGACGACGAUCUAAUUGGCGUUGAGGCUGUAGGUGAUGAAAAUGGGGAUGCAUUUACACCAACUAAUGCUCAACCCACAAUGGGCGAAUCUUUAAUUUGUCGACAAGUCUCAUCGAACGAUCUGGACACUCCGAUACUGAGUUUAAAGUCGAUGAAGCCAGAAACAAAAGGAAAUGAAAAUUUUAAUAUCGUCCAAAACGAUAACGAUUCUUUGCCCGUGGAAGAGCAGAAGGUGGUAACGAAGAGAAUCGAAUUUUUCGAAAAUGCUGCUUCGACCGGAAGAAAGAUACUGAAUUGUGAAUCACCAAACGUGGCAAGUGUUGGGGUAUCUGCUGCUGUUGAGCACAAAGCAGUCGAAGUAAAGGAUGUAUCCGAAGAGAAAGAUUCACAAUUGAACGCUAUUGUCGAAAAUCGACGACAUGAAUCGGAUCACCCAAUGAUUUCAACUAUUUUGUGUUUAGGAACCUUCCUGUUUACGGUCGUUUAUUUAUACCUUUAUCCCCUGUAAUAAUGCUUAAUUAUGAAUCUUAUUUUAAUGUGUUCUCAUGAAAAGUGAAUCUGAAAAUGUUUUCGAAUAAUUUCAAAAUUAAUUGUAUCAAUAUUUAUAACCUAAUUAAUCAUUAUAAUUUUCCUUAUGCUUUGAUAUGAAAUGCAUCUCUUUUAUUUGAUGAAUAGAGUUUUAAGUCUUUUCAUGUAUAGAUUAAUCCGGUUUAACACCUUUUUCAUUUUUAAACCCUGGAACAUCAGAAUGUGUCCCUAAUAUUUAUCAGCUAAAUAAUGAUUGUUUGUUUUCUUUUUGAAGCUAAACAUAAUUAUCCAUUUAGAAGAUGGAGUUUAAUUGAAGAUUUUUUUUAUAUUUAAUGAUAACUAGGAUGGUAAGUGAUCAUAUUCGUGAAAUCAUAAAUCACAUCACUUCUGCUUUGAAAAGAUUCAUUUGAAACAUUCACAUUUGUCAUGCUUAAACAUACAUAUUACUUAUCAAUGCAUUUAGGGUAUUAUAGCAUUAUUAUUUUAGAUGAUAACGAGUGGAAUUUUCAAUAUGCUUUGUUAGUUUAUGUACUCUUUCAUUGAAGAUACAACAUCACAAUCAAGAACAUCUCUUAAGCGGCUAGUGACGCAAUUCGUUAUGCUUUUAACUUAUUUCGAAGAGGCUUAGUUGUUUGAUUUAUUGUUAAAUACAUCUGUUAGCAUUAUUUAUUCAUAUACCUAUUUACUUUUUUGUUUUGCAUUACUCUGAUGAACAUUUUCCAAACAUCAUCUACAGGCUUAUUGCUUAAUUAUGAUUUAAGGGGGUUUCGAAGUUAAACUAAUUUCGAUCAUUCUGUUCUUGUGGACUAAAAUUGGUUGUAGCUUUAUAGUGCCACGAUGAAAAUAUACAAUCAAUAAUCAAAAGAUGAAAAGUUACUAUUACUUAAGCACAAUUAUGACUAAAACUCAUGUUCAACAUGCAGUUCAGUGACAUAGAACAGGAGCAAAUCGCAACCAGAAAAUAUAUACAUGGAUAAAAUGAAGUAAUGAAAACAUAAGAGUUGCCUUAUAAUAAAUAAAUCGUUAAGAAAGUAAUGUAUCUAAGAAAAUAUAUUUGCAGUGAAAAGUAAUGCUUAUUUCUCAGAAUAACAAAUAAAUCUCAGUAAAUUGAUAGUUGCGUUUGAAAUAUGUAGCAAUAUGUUAGCUUUCAAGCGGAAAUCGUUUGUAGGGCAGCUUAGAAUCAUGUCAAUAAUCUUAAGUUUAAAUCUAUCUGUUUUUGGACAAGCCUCGGAACAAAAUAUGAAUUGAGGUUCUGAAUAUCCUGUAAGCAAACUAUUAAUUUCCAGUAAAUAAUCGAAUGCAUUCCGUAUUAUGACGUACUACCAUGAUUUCCAAACGAAAAAAAUCUCAUUACCAAAUAUUGAAAGUUCAAAUGAAAUAUUUUUCCACGAAUUAUUUAAUGUACUUACCUUGAACGGAACUUAUGUUUAAGGCACAUAUGUAUUACAUAUAUCCCUCAUGUUUUACAUACCUAAUUUACUUACUUUCGAAGAAAAAUUAACACAUUUAAUUAAAUUUUAGCUCAAGGUAAUUUUAUUUCGCCUUUGUUAGAUCUAGAAUUGGUAGGCUGAUGUUUAUUUACAAGAAAAUACACCAAAGGGACGUAUACAGAUUGUGACCAUUGAUGAGCUGUAACCUAAAACCAACCAACAUUAAAAAAGAAAUCAAAGCAAAACAGAUCGCACAGGGACAAUAUUAAAACAUCAACAAACCGGACACAUUUUUUGCACAUUUUCAUGCAAACAUGGUUACAAAUGUAUGUUCUCUACACAGUUGUUAAAUGUCAACCGAUGCAGAAGAAAUAUUUAAAAAAUCCUAUAUAUUCCUAAAUCUAGAUGCGAAAUAGCAAAAGCUGUAAGCUGAGUCUUAAAAAAACAUGAAUAAGCAACGAUCGGGUUAAUUUACGAAUCCAUAACAAUUUGCUUUGCAAACUUUAGGAAACUGUUACAAGAAGUAUAUAACAGCACUUCACAUUUGUUUAAAUCGUUCAUCUAUCAUGCUCCAUUCACAAUGCAAGUCGAGACUUGUAGCAUUAAUUUCUUUGUUCAUUGAUUUUCCUUUUGAAUUUCAUACUUAAACUAACUUCAUUGAUCAAAGUUAGGGCUAGAACCGUUCAAUGAUACCUUUUGUUGUAAAAAUAGUAAGGAAUACAUGGAGCUUCUCCGUACUGAACAGCACAAGCGUAUGAACAGCAAUACAAUAGAAGAACAUGAACGAGAAAAUAAUGUUUCCGCAAAACUUAAAUUGUUUAUCAAGCUAUCAUAAUCACAUGCUAUGAAAGACUGCUUAAAUUGGUAAUUUUAUUCACCACAUGUUAAAAGUUUUCUUAGUAACACGUAUCUCCAUCUAACAUAAUGAUUAAUUAUUUAUCGACAAAAGAAAAACAUUGUCACGCUUAAAACAUGCAAUGCUGCAUUCAUAUAACGGCUUUCUAUUGAUUGACGUUAAUGCUUGAGUUUAUACAAAAAUCAAUAAAAACAGUAUCUUAUGUGUAUGCA